ACUUAUGAAGGUGGAUUCGGUGCACAACCAGGAAUCGAAGCCCAUGGAGGCUAUACGUUUUGCGCGGUGGCUGCUCUAUGCCUACUCGGUCGUGCAGAUUUGAUCAAUAUUCCACGCUUGUUACAUUGGGUCGCUCAUAGACAAAUGGCUAGUGAAGGUGGAUUCCAA